AUGCCUCUCAUCGAUCCCGUAACGAUGGGCAACUCGUCCGACUGGAAGACCAAACUACUCGGCAAGUCCCUCGGCGAUAACCACAGUGAAUCGACAUUCGCGAAGAAAGACCUUCCCAAAGAACACCGCGUGCUGGAGGAGAACAGCAUGAAGACCAUGGACCACAAGCCUGAGCGGUUGAAUGUGCAUGUUGAUGGAAAGGGUGUUGUUAGGGAUGUUAGCCAUGGCUGA